UCUGAGAGGCAUGAGGAGCAAGAACUAGAUCUCUUUAAAAUAAGUGGUACUUACUUGGAAAUGAAGACAACUCUUCGGCAAUGCUAUAUUUGUCUAUGUUUUGCUGUGCUGCAGUAUUUUACAUAUGCACAAAGGAAUAUUCAUUGGGAGAUUCAGCGCUAUGAUGGCUGGUAUAACAAUCUUGCUCACCACUGCCGAGGCUCUGCAGGUACUAGUCUCCAGCGCCUCUUACCAGCUGCCUAUUCUGAUGGUGUAUAUCAAACCUUGACAGAACCACGAAAUCCCAAUCCAAGGGAAAUCAGCAAUGCAGCUAUGAAAGGGGAAUCUGGACUUCCUUCAGUCCGGAACCGAACUGUACUAGGAGUAUUUUUUGGAUACCAUGUGUUCUCUGAAAUUAUUGGCAUAGACAAUUCUGGAUGUCCACCUGAGUUUCUAAACAUUAAAGUUCCUAUUGGGGAUGAAAUUUUUGAUCCUGAAAGAACAGGGAACAUAAUAAUUCCUUUCCAACGCUGUCAAUGGUGUAAACAAAGUGGAAACAGUCCAAACAACCCAAGGCGUCAGAUAAACAGUGUGACAUCGUGGAUCGAUGGGAGCUCAAUAUAUGGCACCUCUCAAUCAUGGAGUGAUGUUUUGAGAAGUUUUUCCAGAGGGAAACUGGCAUCAGGUCCUGACCCUCUAUUCCCUAAAGAAUCAAAUUUGAAUCUUGCAAUGUGGAAAGCACCAGACCCUUCCACGGGACAAGGAGGAACAGAUGGGAUUUAUGGUUUUGGCAAUACUAGAGCUAAUGAGAAUUUGUUCCUACAAGCUGUGAGCAUUAUUUGGUUCCGAUAUCAUAACCACCUGGCAGAGGAACUCGCCGAGAAGCAUCCCAUGUGGUCAGAUGAGGACCUGUAUCACAAUGCUAGAAAAUGGCUAAUAGCUGUAUACCAGAAUAUUGCUAUGUACGAAUGGCUACCAGCAUUUCUUCACAAAUCAGCUGCACCAUACAAGAGUUAUAAUCAACAUGUGGAUCCAAGUCUUUCCAAUGAAUUUCAAGCUGCUAUACAGUUCAUGGCGACCUUAAUGCCACCAGGUGUUUAUAUGAGAAAUAAAACUUGCCAUUUCCUAGAAGUCACAAGCUCAAAUGGCAGCAAAUGGUCAGCUCAUCGCUUGUGUGACAGUUACUGGAAAAGAAAGCAUCCAGAUAUAAAAGUUCCUGAGGAUGUUGAUUCACUACUGCUUGGAAUGAUUUCACAGAUUGCUGAAAAGGAGGAUAAUGUGGUUGUUGAAGAUUUAAGAGAUUACUGGUACGGGCCAGUGAAAUAUUCCCGAACUGAUUACGUUUCUUCGAGCAUUCAGAGAGGAAGGGAUUUAGGACUGUGUUCGUAUAACAAUGCUAAGAAAUACUUUGGACUUAAACCAGUUGGGAACUGGAGUGACAUUAAUUCAAAUCUCUACCAGUCAAAUAAGCAGUUAUUUGAAGAAUUAGCCAUACUGUACGGCAAUGACAUUGAACAUCUGGAACUUCUUCCCGGUACUAUGCUUGAGAAUUGGGGAGAUCCGGGGGAGCUUCUUACAGAAAUAGUACUUGAUCAAAUGCAGAGAUUAAGGGAUGGAGACCGAUUUUGGUUCGAAAAUACAAAAAAUGGGUUAUUCACUGCUGAUGAAAUAGAGAGAAUCCGGAAUACCUCAUUUCAUGAUGUUAUUGUGGCUGUUACCUCCAUUGAAGCUGGAGAUAUCCAGAAAGAGGUGUUUAAUUGGCUUUAUGGUGAUCCUUGUCCUCAACCAGAGCAAAUAUCAGCUGGAAAACUUGCCCCAUGCGUUCCACUCACUGUGACAGACUACUUUGCAGGCAGUAUCACUGGAUACAGCUUGCUCAUACUGAUUUUAUGCUCAUUUCCUUUAGUGAGUUAUUUCAUCGCAUGGAUUGUCGCUCAACUAAGAAAAAGAGACGUAAAAGAAAUGAAGAAGAAGAAGAAGCAUGUAGCAAGCAUUAAGCAAGUGCUCUCUGCUGAUGGAGUGGCAGCUCAAGAAUGGCAAGGACCAAAAGGCGAAACAUUUCCCGUUUUCAUCGAAACCAAUCAAGAUCAAAUAAUUAAAGUCUUUGACAGUAGAGCCAAUAUGAUCCGUAUAAUACCUUUGCAGAGCUACAAAAAUGUUCCUGUUAUUCAGUCUAAUAACCGUGGGUGCAAAACAUUGCUGAUUAAAGUUCCCAAGGAAUAUGAUUUAGUCUUAUUUUUUCAUAGCGAAGAAGAAUGCACGGGUUUCAUUCAGCAGUUAAAAGUGAACGGGAUUCCUAUUAGUGAAAGUAAAAAGAAAGAGCAAAGCUUGCUUAAAGAAGCUGUCACAAAAAAGCAGAGAAGUCAGAUUCUCGAAACCUUUUUCCGCCAAUCAUUUGCUCAGGUUCUAAAAAUAGAUCCGUUGGAUACAGGAAAUUUUGAAGCUGGAAGUUCCUCAAAAAUAAAAGAAGCCAUUGAGUGUGAAUUAAGCCGGACUGAAUUUGCUGAAUCAUUGGGCCUGAAGCCUCAGUCCAUGUUUGUAGAGUCUAUGUUCUCUUUAGCAGAUGAAGAUGGAAAUGGAUAUUUAUCAUUCAGAGAGUUCUUGAACAUACUGGUGAUUCUAAUGAAAGGUUCCCCAGAGGAGAAAUCAAAGCUGAUGUUUACUAUGUAUGAUGUAGAUGGAAACGGCUUUCUCUCAAAGCAAGAAUUUUUCACAAUGCUAAAAUCUUUUAUGGAAAUAUCCAACAACUGCCUCUCAAAAGACCAAGCUGAACAAGUGAUAGAAAGUAUGUUCAAUGAGGCAGGAUUUAAACAAAAAGCAGAGCUCACCUGGGAAGAUUUCCACUAUCUAUUGCGGGAUCAUGACAAAGAACUUCAAUUGACACAGCUACGGUUCAAAGGUAUGGAACCUCCAGAAGUCUUCAAUAAAAUGUAUAGAAAAGUGUCCUUUGUCGAAGGAAUUGAACACGGAAUUCCCGCAGAACCACGUUUAUACACAGAAGCUAAAAAGGAAACAUACCAGAAAAACAAAGUUCAUCAGAAAAUUCAAGAAUUCAAGCGUUUCAUUGAGAAUUACAGACGACAGAUUGUUGUAGUGGUGAUAUUUUAUGGAAUUUCUGUUGGACUGUUUUUAGAAAGGGUUUACCAUUACUCUUUUGAAUCUCAACACACAGGCAUUGCCGAAGUGUCUUUGCCGGGUCUUGCCAUCUCAAGAGGUUCGGCUGCAAGUAUUUCAUUCAUGUUUUCUUAUAUACUGCUAACAAUGUGUCGAAAUCUCCUCACCUUUCUAAGGGAGACAUUUUUAAAUCAGUACAUCCCUUUUGAUGCAGCAGUGGACUUUCACAAACUUGUGGCGAUAACAGCCCUUGUAGGAACAGUGAUCCAUUGCAUGGGCCAUGCAGCUAACAUAUAUAUCUUCUGUAAUACUCCACUCAGUAUUCUUUCAUGUUUAUUUCCUAAAGUAUUUAUUAAUGAUGGAUCUGAUCUACCGCAGAAGUAUUAUUGGUGGUUCUUCCAGACUGUACCAGGGCUUACCGGUGUGAUACUUUUGGCAAUUCUUGCUUUGAUGUAUGUCUUUUCUUCCCGACAUUUCCGACGCAUCAGUUUUCGGGGCUUUUGGUUGACCCAUCAUUUAUAUGUACUGUUGUACAUUAUGAUCAUAAUACAUAGCAGUUUUGGACUCAUCCAGGAACCCAUGUUCCAUGUGUAUUUCUUAGUCCCAGCAAUUUUGUAUGUUGGCGACAGUUUGAUAAGUCUGAGCAGAAAGAAAAGAGAGAUCAAUGUAAUUAAAGCUGAACUUCUCCCAUCAGAUGUCACUUAUGUACAGUUCCAGCGUCCACUUGAUUUUGAGUACAAGUCAGGACAGUGGGUGAGAAUUGCCUGCUUGGCACUAGGGACCAAUGAAUACCACCCAUUCACAUUGACUAGUGCACCACAUGAAGAUGCUCUUAGCUUGCACAUAAGGGCCGCAGGACCCUGGACCACACGCUUACGAGAAAUGUACUCACCUAAGAUCGUCACUGAGCUCAACGGCUACGCAAAGAUCUAUCUAGAUGGGCCUUUUGGUGAAGGGCACCAGGAAUGGAAUAAAUAUGAAGUUUCAGUUCUGGUUGGAGGAGGAAUAGGAGUCACUCCAUUUGCAUCCAUUCUUAAAGAUUUGGUGUUCAAGUCAUCUUUCAAGUCUAAGAUGACAUGUAAAAAGGUGUAUUUUAUAUGGGUAACACGUACACAGAGGCAGUUUGAAUGGCUGGCAGACAUCAUUCGAGAGGUAGAGGAGACUGACCAGAAUAACUUGGUGUCUGUUCACAUUUACAUCACACAAUUUGCAGAAAAGUAUGACCUCCGUACCACUAUGCUGUAUAUAUGUGAACGUCAUUUCCAGAAAGUCCUGAAUCGCAGUUUAUUCACCGGUUUACGAUCUGUCACUCAUUUUGGACGACCGCAGUUUGAGCCAUUUUUCAUCUCUUUGCAGGAAGUUCACCCAGAGGUUCAAAAAAUUGGAGUCUUUAGCUGUGGACCUCCUGGAAUGACAAAAAACGUGGAGAAAGCUUGUCAAGUACUCAACAAAAAGGACCAGACCCAUUUUACCCAUCAUUUUGAAAAUUUCUAAGCAAACAAUCUUUUUAUGGUACUACAUUAAAUAAGUAUACUGAAUAGUAUAGUUAUCUUAAUAUUCUUAAAAACCAAGGCUCCUUAGAGAUGCCAUGGCCUUUUUGACACUUUUGUCAUUCUUUCAUUCUACCACAAAUUCACCCUUUCUGUUUAAGUGCAUCCAUAGAUAUUAUAUAUAAUUUUUCAGAAACAACAUUUUAUUUUGAUAUCUUUUAU